GCGCAUACAAGUUGCAUUAAUCUUCUAACAUGAUAAUAUUAGAGUGCUAGUUUCCCUUUGGCUUAUAUACACAGUGCUCCGCCCAUCCAUCUAUUUACGAGUAGCUCCAGAGCAGGAUCCCAAUAUCCAUCCAUCUUGAAGCAAAAAGCAGCGAAAAUGGCGAUGGUGCUGGAUGCUUUUGCAUCCUACGUGCAUAACAUGCUGACGGAGAUGGCGAGUGAAGAGCUGCAAAUGCUACUUGGAGUCGGAGGCGAGAUCGACAAGAUGGACAUUAAGCUUAGGGACCUCAAGAACUUCCUCACCGAUGUUGAUAAGAGAAACAUCACCGACAAGAGUGUGCAAGAGAUGGUGGCCCAGCUCAAGCGCGCCUUGUACGAAGCUGCUGACAUCCUCGACCUCUGCAAGCUCAAGGCCAUCGAGCGUGGUCCGUCCACUGUUGAUGUUGGGUGCUUUAACCCCUUGCUCUUUUGCAUGCGGAAUCCCUUCCAUGCCCACGACAUUGGCACCCGCAUCAAGGCGCUCAACAAGAGGCUCAACACCAUCAAGGAGCGAAGCGCUGCUUUUAGCUUCAUCAAUCUUGGUUCCUAUGAGGAUCAUGGUUGCAAGGUCCACGGCUUUCAUUCUAGGAAUACCAGCCGUGAGACAGCAGGGGAGCUCAACCGGUUGGGUAUAGUCGGAGAGAACAUCGAAGAAGACACAAGAGAGCUGGUCGAGAUCAUGCUCACUGAAAAGGAGGGCAACACAAACAUUAUGGUGGUCGCCAUUGUUGGUGUUGGCGGAAUUGGUAAGACCACUCUUGCCCAGAAGAUCUUCAAUGACAAAACCAUCAAGGCCGAGUUCGACAAGACCAUAUGGCUGAGCAUCAACCAGGACUUCGACAAGGUUGAAUUGCUCAGGACAAUCAUCACACUCGCUGGGGGAGUACACGGUGGUGAAAAGGCUGUGGCUGUGCUUCAGCCAAUCCUUACCACUACCUUGACAGAGAAGAAGCUAUUCCUGGUGCUAGAUGAUAUGUGGAGCCAUAGAGCAUGGGGUGAUGUGCUUGAAACACCCUUGGCUAAUACUGUGGCUCAAGGUAGCCGAGUCCUUGUCACUACAAGAGCUGAAAGUGUAGCUAAAGGAAUGAAAGCUGUGCUUCACCACCAUGUGAAAAAAUUAGAAGAGGAGGAUGCCUGGUCCUUGCUCAAGAAACAGAUAGUCUCAAGUGAGACAGAUGAACGUGAAGUCGAUAUGCUCAAAAAAAUUGGAUUGCAAAUUGUAGCAAAAUGUGAUGGUUUGCCUCUUGCUAUCAAAGUCAUGGGAGGACUCCUGUGUCAGAAAGACACAAAUGAUUGUGCGUGGAAGAUGGUUCUAGAUGACUCUGUAUGGUCGGUAUCUGAAAUGCCCGAAGAGCUAAACCAUGCAGUGUAUUUAAGCUAUGAAGAUUUGCAUUCUUGCAUCAAACAGUGUUUUCUAUACUACUCCCUUCUCCCUAAAACUGCAUUGUUCUAUAGUGAAAACAUCAUUGGCAUGUGGAUUAGUGAAGGAUUUGUUCAUGGAACCUCAGAAGACUUAGAAGAACUAGGGAAAAAGUACUAUAAGGAGUUGAUACUGAGGAACCUUAUAGAGCCAGAUACACAGUACGUUAAUCGGUCUGUCUGCAACAUGCAUGAUGUUGUACGAUCAUUUGCUCAAUUUGCGGCGAGAGAUGAGGCACUAGCAGCUGGAGAUACUAAUGUUGUUAACAAGUUUAGGGAAGAUAAGUUUCUUCGGUUAUCUAUAGAAAGCAAAUCAUCGGAAGAUGGGUUGGACUGGAGCUCUAUAGAAGCACAAAAUACAUUGAGAACACUUAUAUCAGUUGGCCACAUAAAUAUGAAGCCCGGUGAUUCUUUGGUAAAUUUUCCAUGUCUGCGGACUCUGCAUAUAGAUUCUGCACAUGCUGCGUUGGUUGAAUCAUUGCAUGAACUCAAGCACCUGAGGUACUUGUCCUUAGAAAAAACAGAUAUAUCUAGUCUGCCAGAUAGCAUUGGGAAGAUGAAGUUCUUACAGUACAUUAGCCUUAGAGGAUGCAGACAAUUUGUUAAACUUCCACAUAGCAUUUUGAAGUUAGGGCAGCUAAGAUAUCUUAACUUCAUUGAAACAAGUAUAAAUGGCAUACCUAGAGGAUUUUCUGCUCUAACAAAUUUGAGGGUAUUACGUGGGUUCCCAGCCAGGAUGGAUGGUGAUUGGUGCAGUUUGGAAGAGUUGGGUCCUCUUUCUCGGCUCAAGGAUCUUGGACUUGACGGAUUGGAGAAUGUAAUUGCUUCCUCGUCCACAUCAAAGGCAAAGCUUUGUGAGAAGUUGUAUCUUGCCAGACUAUACUUAACCUGUGGUAGUAGAUUGGAAGACGAUGGGCUUAUUGAAGAGGAGGUUAUUGUCUCUGGGGAAGAGCAACAACAAAUCAAGAAGGUGUUUGAUGAGCUCUGCCCUCCGCCCAGGUUAGAAUAUCUUUAUAUCAAAGGAUAUUUUGGCGAACGCCCCCCUGGAUGGCUGAUGUCAUCAUCCUUUGUGCCCCUCGAGAGCUUGAGAAUUAUAUUCAUCGAUGACCUAGCUUGGUGCACACAGCUUCCUGAUGGCUUGUGUCAUCUCCCUUAUUUGGAGUUCUUUCAGAUCGAUCGUGCUCCAGCCAUCAAGCGUGUUGGAUCUGAAUUCAUGCUGUCCUACCAUCACCACAGUCCUCACCCUUCAUUUCAGAGAUUGCGUGAGAUGAAUUUAAUAGGAAUGGUGCAAUGGGAGGAAUGGGAGUGGGAGGAGCAUGUGCAAGCCUUUCCGGUCUUACGGGAACUUAUGCUAAAGCACUGCAAAUUGAAGUGUCUUCCUCCUGGACUUGCUUCCCAGGCAAAGGCUUUGGAAGAAUUAUCCAUACAAAAUGUCCAGGGUCUUGUCUCUCUGGAGAACUUUGCGUCGCUGGUCGAGCUGGAAGUUAUUGUAAACGUUGAUCUGGAGAGGGUCACCAACCUUCCCAGACUGCAGAAGCUUACCAUCAGAGCCUGCCCAAAGCUGAAGGUGCUAGAGGGUGUUCCUGUACUCCAGAGGCUCAAGCUGGUUGAUCUAGAGAUGGAGACAAUCCCAGAAUACAUGGGAGGUAUAAACCCAAGGCAUUUGGAGCUAUACUGCAGCCUAGCACUGCUCGCUUCCAUAGCUGCAGGAAAAUAUGGCCCUGAGUGGGACAAGUUCAGACAUGUUAAGCAUGUCAAAGCGUACUCAAAUGAAGGAGAUAAUCCAAGGAAAUGGUAUGUCUUGUACACAGCUACCCCCUACAACUUGGAGACAAAUGUCAGCCGCUCUUUCCUGUCUAGAGGAAGCUUAUCUUCUUUUGAGGAUGCACAGAGAUUUGAGUCCGUCUUCAAAAUUACGAAGAAAACCUUUAGCUACAUAUGCAGCUUGGUGUACGUGCCAUCACUGAAAGAUAUGAACAGCUAUACCUUUGUUGAUGGGAGGGCACUGUGUUUAGAAGAUCGAGUUGCUAUUGCUCUGAGAAGGUUGUACUCUACCGAGCCGCCGGAGACCUUAGAAUCCUCUGUUGGUGUCAAUGAGUCAAUCAUCUUCUUGGUAACUGAGAGUUUCGUUGAUGCUAUAUGCGAGCAAGCAAGCCACCACUUGCGCUGGCCAGACUCCAGUGAAAUGGAUAAGAUCAAAUCAAUGUUUGACAAGAUCCACAAUAUGCAGAACUGCUGCGGCGUCAUCUAUACAACUCACAUCCCACUUGGACCAAACUGGAGCCAUGAGAAGUAUGAUAGCAUUCUAAUGCAAGUCGUCGUUGAUCCAAAGAUGAGGUUCUUGAACAUUUGGUCUGAAUUGGCAGAUAGCAUGACCCAGUUGAGCAUUUUGCACGAGUCUGGACUCUUUGAGGAGUGUGAGAAAGGUGCUUGCCUGAAUGGAAGCAAGCUGAAGACAGCAUUAGAUGGAUCAGAAGUCAGGGAAUACAUAAUUGGUGAUGCAGGAUACCCGCUUCUCCCGUGGCUACUCACACCUUACCAGGAAGUGCUCUCAGAUUCCAUGACGGAGUUCAAUAGGAGACACUCCGCAGCUACAACCUGUGCGCUGAAGGCGCUAGCAAGGUUCAAAGACACAUGGAGGUACCUGCCAUGGUGGCCAGUUGAUCUGAAAACUCUACCUAAGAUGAUCUGCGCCUGCUUGAUGUUGCAUAACAUAGUCAUAGAUAUGGAGGAUGAUGCAGCCAUGCCGAGCGUUAAGGAGGGGAAUUACUGCGAGGAAGUGCGCCAGUUAGAAAACGAGGAUGCUGUCAGGGUGAGGGAUAUGCUGUCGCAACACUUCUUGACCAGCAGGUCAUCUGAAUCGGGAGUUGGCCCAGUGUACACAGAGGAGGAUCAUGAAGUAGCCGCAUCAGGCUCAGGGGAUGAAGACAAGGAACAAGAAGCAGAGACAAGAACAUCAGAGGAAGAGAACAUGAACUAAAAGAAAUUCUUUCUGCCGCGUCUUCCAGCUUCAUUCUAGGCAGAGGGAAGCCCUCCAUCCUGCAGUCUGGAGCUUUUCAAUGCACGAAUUCAGAGUAGCUGUGGCAAUGGAGCCUUAUAUUGAUGCUGCAGACUGAAUUGAAGUUCAAUUUUUUUGGUCAUCUAUCUAUUUGUGAAAGACAAAUGUAGUCAUGUAAUCUGUACUCAUGUGCUGAAAAAACAGCAAUGUGGCCUAUGUGUAGUCUCCAUCAAUGAGUUGGUGCAAACUGAAGAAUUUUUCAAACAUGAUGGCAGGCAGUCCUGUAUAUUUACAUGUCAGAUGUAUGUCUUGGACUUCUGAUGAAUCUCGUAAUGGAAAAAACAACAGAAAGGCGAAUCCCGAGUGUUACUUUUUCAUGCAAACUCCCGUGGUAGUAGUAGUAGGAGGAGGAGGAGGAGGAGGAGCAGUGGCAGUAAAACAGAGUCAUCUUUGUUCCCAAUAGUAGU